AUGGAUGAAGCUAAAGGUAAGGAUCCUUCUCCGCUCCUAGCAUUGUGCCCAGAAUCUCGGGUUGAAAUUUCUAGCCGAAAUUUUGGAUCGUCUGAUUCCGACGAGGAUUUGCGGGAGAACGACGAUGUCGUGAUCCCGGAGGGCAACGACGCCGAUGAGGACGAUCCGGAGGAAGAUCUGAAUUCGCCUUCUACCUCGUCGCUCGCCGUGGUUUCUGCUGUUUCGACGGCGACCGCGGUGAUUUCUGGUGCGGAGGCGAUGGCUUCCCCGACUGCAGCCGUCACCGUUGCCCUCCCGGCCGGAUCCGCCGUCGCCGUGGCAGCGAUUCCUGUAGAUUCCGAUCAGAAGUGGCAUCAUAUGACGGAGAUCGUUCAGCAGAGAGCCGCGCUAGACGACUCGAGACGGCUUUUCCAGAGGCUAUGGACUGACGAGGACGAGAUCGAGCUCCUCCGUGGGUUCCUGGAGUAUAUGACGACGCACCGUGGGAGCAGCUCUCAUCCGCCGGACACGGCUCCGUUUUACGAGCAGAUAAAGUCAAAGCUUCAGCUUGAUUUCAACAAGAACCAGUUGGUUGAGAAGCUCCGGCGACUGAAGAAGAAGUACCGGAAUGUGAUGAGCAAGAUCAAUUCCGGCAAAGAGGUAUUUUUCAAAAGCCCUCAUGAUCAAGCUACUUUUGAGAUUUCUAAGAAGAUCUGGAGCCAUACGGGGAAAAUCAUAGGGUUUGAAGAUAACAACGUCCUCGAUUUCGAAGAAACAAAUAACCACCACCUUCAACACCAACACCAUGUAAAUACCACCAAUGGUAACUCAACCUUUAACAACCCUAGUGCUAAUCUUAACAUGGAGAUUGAUGCCGAGAAUGGUUUUGAAAAGAAAGCGACGAUGAGUAACAGUAGUGGGUCAAGGAAACGAUCACGAUCAAGAAUUGGGAAAAUGGAGGAAGACAAACCCAUUACUCCAUGUGAUGGGCAUGUACCAAAUGCUGCCAGCAAUAUCAACCUCAAUGAGAAUGUGACUGGAGCUGGAGGGAAUCUAGCAGGGUUGAUAGAAGAGACUGUGAAAAACUGCGUCUCGCCCAUAAUCAAGGAGAUGAUGAAUGGGACAACGGCCAUGAUGAUGGCCGCGGUGGGAGGGCUCCCUGGGGCGGGCGGUCAUGGCUUAGGCACAUUAAGCUUAAGCCCUAUCACAAUGCCACCGCUGAAUUUGGGGAUUGGUGGGGGUGGAGGUAAGGGGAUAAUGGACGAGCGGUGGAGGAGACAGCAGAUGUUGGAGUUGGAAGUGUACUCGAGGCGAUUAGAACUGGUGCAGGAGCAGAUUCGAGUCGCAUUGCACGAGUUAAGGACAAUGCCCAGCAGCGGAGGAGGCGGAUGAUGAUGAUGAUGAACAAGAAGAAGGAAGGAGGUGAUGAUUUGUGUUGAUAUCUAAGUUAUUAGUCUCACAAAGUCGUAAUCUUUCGAGUUCUAAUGGCAUAUACUAUGGAAUUGAGAUGGUAGAAGUUUGUGUAUAACCUUUUGUUGUUAGAUUGUAGUUUUGUAGAAUGUCAUUUGUCCGAUAACAAAAAAAAAAAACACUUUCAGACAUGAACAUUAUUAAUAAAUCUAGCCAUACUUGUAAUAAUCAUUUUCUUUCGCU